AUGAUCAAUAUCUUUGACACAGGUGAAGAUGACAUCUACUACUUCCUACAAAGCCCAGUCCCUGUUACCCCUGGCACCCAUCCUGCUAGGAGGAGGGGCCAGGUGAAGGUGGAAUACGAUGGGAAGGUGGAGCCUAAACACUGGGAGCCUCCUGAUUGGUGCAAGCAGCUGGGUCACGUGCGUCAGAUGAGGAGCGCCAGGGACGCGCCUGUUGACCUCAUGGGGGCGGAGAAAUGCUACGACACACACGCCCCUGAUGAGGUGCGACGUUACCAGGUGCUGGUGUCUCUGAUGUUGUCUAGUCAGACAAGGGACCAGGUGACCAGUGCAGCUCUGCAGAGACUCAGGGCUCAUGGCUGUACGGUGGACAACAUAGUCAACAUUGACGAUGACACACUGGGACAACUCAUCUACCCUGUUGGCUUCUGGAGGACCAAGGUGAAGUACCUGAAGCAGACAUCAGUGAUACUCCAGAGAGAGUUUAGAGGGGACAUCUCUAACACAGUGGAGGGCCUGGUACGACUACCUGGAGUUGGACCCAAGAUGGCUCACCUGGCCAUGGACAUCGCCUGGCACCAGGUCUCUGGCAUAGGUAGGUAUGGCUCAUAUACAGUUGAAGUCAGAAGUUUACAUACACCUUAGCCAAAUACAU